CUGUAGUUUCAGACUAAAAUGACACCUUUUAAUAAAUGUAGUAUAUUUUACUUAAACAAUGAAUGACAAAUAAAUAUUAUCUCCAAAGAGUGAAGCUCAUCUAUUGAACUGCAGUUCUCAACAAACUCUCAAUGAGUUUUUGUUUGAAUCAACAUCUGGGCAGAUCCUUUAGUUGUUAGUGAUCAGUAAUGUGCAUGUACAAUCAAUGUUUUUCUUUCUCUGGAUAGAAGGUCGCGGGUCCAUCAGGCUGGUGGGUUCUGGGGGAGACUGUGCAGGGAGGCUGGAGGUUUUUCACAGCGGCUCAUGGGGGACAGUGUGUGAUGACUCCUGGGAUAUUAAAGAUGCCCAUGUGGUGUGCAGACAGCUGAAGUGUGGAGUGGCCCUCAGUAACCAGCAGGUACCAGCCUGGUUUGGUCCUGGUUCUGGACCCAUAUGGCUGGAUGAGGUGGAGUGUGAGGGGAAUGAGACCUCCCUGUGGAGCUGCUCUUCUCCAGGCUGGGGAAAACAUGACUGUCAACACAAGGAGGAUGUAGGAGUCGUGUGCUCAGAGUUUAAAGAGAUCAGGUUAACUGAGGGCUGUGAAGGGAAUGUGGAGGUUUUCUACAAUGGAUCCUGGGGUAAUGUGUGCUGGAACCAGAUGGACAGAGACACAGUGAGUCUGAUCUGUCAAGAGCUGAACUGUGGAAGAUCUGGUGAUUUGUCUGCUUCUACAGCAAGAGUGGAAUCAGCUCCUAACUGGCUGGAUAAAGUUACAUGUCGACCACAUGACUCAAAUCUGUGGCAGUGUCCAUCUUCACCCUGGGGACAAAAUAACUGUAAUAAUAAGGAUGAAGUGGCCAAAAUCACCUGCUCAAGUGAGAUGAUAUUUAAAUUAUGUAAAAUUGUCUUAGUAGUCAUGUUUCUUUAAACACAAUGUUUAUAUCUAAUAUGGUGAGUAAACUAAUGUUUAUGAAAAACUAACCUGAGCUGAUGGAAAGGGCCUAAAAAUGAUUUAUGAGGCUUAAAUUAUGUUUUCACAUUGAUAUGUUUCACUGUGAGAUGUUACAGUUUGUGUCUUGUAUCUUAAUAUUCUCUUUAUCUUUUAAU